AAACAUAAAGUUGGAACAGUUUAAAUAGGGAGACGGCAGUCAACGGGUGCGGCAUUGGGCGACAUGAGUUUCAGUGGCAAAGUAGUGUUUGUCAGCGGAGGCAGCUCGGGCAUCGGCGCCGCUACCGCCCGGGAGUUCUCCAAGGAGGGCGCCACGGUCGUCAUCGUCGCCAGAAAUGAAACCAAAAUGAAACAAGUGGCCUCCGAGUGUGAAGAGAACGGAAAGAGACCGCUACUGAUCAGAGCCGAUAUCUCACAGGACGCGGAGGCUAAACGAGCCAUGGAAGAGACCAUACAGACGUACGGGAAGUUGGAUAUUCUGGUGAACAACGCAGGAAUUUUGAGAUACGGGACGUUGCUGGAUGGCGGAGCGCUGGCGGCGUGCGACCAAUUGAUGGCGAUAAACUUCCGAGCGGCGUUGCACCUGACGCAGCUCGCGGCGCCGCAUUUGGUGCAGACGCGGGGCAGUGUCGUGAACGUGUCGAGCGUGGACGGGUCCUCGUCGGUGACGCCGCCGCUGGUGCCCUACAGUGUCACUAAAGCGGCGCUCGAACAGCUGACUCGCGGCGCGGCGCGCGAGCUGGCACCGCACGGCGUCCGGGUGAACGCCGUCAGCCCCGGGCCGGUGUACACCGACAUCUAUGAUAGCGGCGGCCCCCACCCUGUCGACAACAGCAACAUAACGACACCGCUCGGCACCAUCUCUCAGCCGGAGGAGAUCGCGCACCUCAUCUUGUUCCUUUGCAGCGACAAGGCAAAGGCCAUCACCGGCUCAAACUAUGUGUCCGACAACGGAUAUCUUUUGCUACCUGUUUAAAUAUUUUUCCAUGAAUGACCUGUGGGAACUAUUUGAGUUCCCCAACAACCUACCCUUAUAUAAAAUAAAAAAUUACAUAUAAAAUAA